AUGGACUAGUGGAUCAAAUCAACGUAGUCUGACACGAUGACAUUAGUAUAAUUCCAGCUUUUCGCAAGAUUUCAGCCAAUUUUGAUUAAAAUUGGUAUAAUAUUAGUAUAAUAUUAGUCACCUUCCAUCAAACUAGACGGCUGCCGACUGAUACCUCAAUCAACAACCGCCGCACUCUUUAUUCAUUCCAGGUAUAUACAAUUUACAAUCUUCUUCAAUAACAAUAUACCUACGGCAGCAAAUCUACCUCGCUCCAACUCUCCAAACUCGUACCUGACGAUACCUGAGCGUUCAACUCUACCUAUCUUCCAGCAGUCUUUACCCAGCAUUCUAUGAUUUAUACCCGUGAGCUGUAUAAUAAUGUCUGACUCGGUUCUGAAUUCAUCCAGUAUCUACUAGGGAAAAUCAAACAGUAAAUGCAGAAAGGUUGCUAGAAGCAUAGUGAUUUCAUAGUAAUUUCAGCUAAUAAUCCAGUGUUUUUGAACUAGAUCCAGUGUUGUUUGAUAACAUAAUAAUUGUAAAGGAAAGUGUAACACGUUUUGGUGCAAAGAUUACAAAAUGAGUAAAAUCAGAUGUAUUCGUCCAUUCAAAGACAUUCAGUGUUCGAAAGAGCUGCGAUAUCUCACGGAUGGUAUCAUCCAAAAACUGAAGUCAAUUGGAUUUUCCAAGGUAUCCACACUGAACACCAAGGAUUUUCGUAUUUGUUCGUCUUGCCGUCUACAUAUUGAUUCAAGAGCUCACCUCACCCAAAACGAAGAACAAAGCGUAGCCGGUGGCUCAAGGAUGCCAACUGUUCAGACCAUACCUGUUGUACCUGAUUCGCAAAGCUAUGAAAGUUUGGUCACGAUACCAUCAGCGUCAACGCUAAGCACAAUUCAAUCAAAUGAAGACUUCACGAUGCCUGUAGACGUCGAAAUAUUCAACCGAGGAAUAGCAGCUAUUCAUGUUUCGCCUAUAGAUUUAGGUAAGGUUAAAAAUGUUCACUAUCCUGAAAAAAAGUGCGCUGAAAUCGUCGAAGGUGUACGAAGAAAUCUUUUUAAAUUAGACGCUAAAACAGAAAAAGCAAACGAGUUUAAUGAAGUCAUAGAAAAUAUGAAAAUUAAAUUUUUAAAUUCAGCCACAAGGCAAGAAAAACUAUCAAUUUUAUCAUUGUUACCAAAAUCAUGGUCAGUACAAAAAAUUGUAGACGAAUUCAAAACUAGUAGAAAUAUGGCAUCAGAUGCAAGAAAGGAAAAAAAUAAUGUAUUAGAUUCAUCUCAAGGUUCAAGCUCUGGAAAAGCUUUGAGUAAUGAAACAAAAGAACUGGUUUUGAAUUUUUUUGAGGACGAUGAUAUAAGCCGUGCAAUGCCAGGCCAAAGAGAUUUUGUUAGCGUAAAGACAGGAAAUAAGAGAUUAGCUGUUCAGAAAAGAUUGUUAAUGAUGACAUUAAGAGAAGCUUUUAAUCGCUUUAAUGAAGUGUACGUCAAUGUAAAAAUAGGGUUUUCAUCAUUUGCAAGCCUCCGGCCAAGGCAAUGUAAACUAUUGACUAUCACAGGAACACAUAAUGUUUGCGUUUGCACUACGCAUGAAAAUGUCAAUUUAAUUCUACAUAGCUUAAAAAAAUACAAUGUCUUGAAUGAUCUAAAAACAUUAACGAAUAGAUUACUUUGCGAAAAUAAGACAACUCAUUGCCAUCUACGAAGAUGUAAAAACUGCCCAGAUACCUCAGUUUUAGAAGACAGUUUAUUGAAACAACUGGAAGAAAACUUUGUUGAAAAGCUUUCAUUCGAACAAUGGGUUACCACUGACAGAUGUGAUUUAGAAACUAUUGUAAAGCAAACCGAUGACUUUGUUACAUUUUUCAGCUCAAAAUUAGAAAGUUUGAUUCCGCAUGAUUUUGUAAAAACCGAACAAUCCAAUUUUUUGAAAACUACAAAACAAAACUUGCAAGAUGGUGAAUUUUUGGCUAUUUGUGACUUUUCUGAAAAUUACACUUCGUUUUGCAGGAUGAAGUUCAAUCACACCAUUGGAACGUGCAACAGGCCACAAUCCAUCCUUUCGUAAUAUAUUAUACUGAAAAUAGGCAAAUUAAACAUUUUAGCUUCAUUAUAAUUUCAGAAGAACUAAGACAUGAUUCAGUCGCUGUUAAUUUGUUUAUUGAUAAAAUGAUGAACUUUUUACAAAUUGAUCAAAAUAAAAACAUGAAAAAAAUUUAUUUUAUGUCAGAUGGUGCUGCUUCACAGUAUAAAAACCGAAAAAACUUUUCUAGCCUUUGUAAGUUUAAGUCAAAGUAUGGUAUUGACGCUGAAUGGCAUUUCUUCGCAACAUCGCACGGAAAAGGUCCAUGCGAUGCUAUUGGAGGUACGAUAAAACGCAUGGCUACCAGAGCAAGUUUAGCCAAAGAACGCGAACACCCGAUAAAGACUGCAAGAGAGUUGUUUAAUUGGGCAAACAAACGAAAAGAAGAAGAACUUACAAAGUUGUCAUUUUGUUAUUCUACUACAGAAGAAUACGAAAAUAUGUCUUUGCAGCUAAAUAAUCAAUAUAAUAAUGCAAAAACAAUUCAAGGAACUCAAAAAUUCCACUCAUUUCUUCCUCUAUCAGAAAAUACAAUAAAGGCAAAGCUUUAUUCAAACUGCCCUGACAAUGAUGCCAAAAUAUUCGAUAUUGUUAAGAAAGUUGUGUAAACAAUAAUUUGAUAAAAAAUACAGGAAUAAAAAUAAACUGAUGUACAAAGUAUAAUGUUAUUUUUUAUUGCGCACAAAUACCACCCCUGAAAAAUAAGCCUUAUUCGCUCUUUUGAAUCUUGCUAAUUGAGGAGCUUGCGAUAUGCAAGAGUUGAAUGCACAUUUUCAACACAAUACACCAAAAACCACUGGAAGAAAUCAUUGUUCCUGAUAGUGGGAUUUUGUAACUUGUUUUUCAAAAUACUUUUAAGGCAGAGAAUUUCACUCAAAUCUUUAAGCUGUCAGUGUCAUUUUAACUCAAAAUUUUCCAAUCUUUCCGAAAAAAAUACUUUUGAAACUGGAGAAACACGGAGUACAUUCGAAAAGGGCUAAAACUUAUUAAGUUAUCAAAAAAAUCAAUAUUAAAUUAGUAAUAUCUUCUAAACGGUGCAUCUUAGAAAAAUGUUACCGAAGUACUUUUUUCUUGCAAAUUUGAUGUACUUCCAUAAAAUUAGGGCGACAAACUUUUUUGACUUUACUUAAUAGCUUUUUUUGAAAACCGUAAUUUUUUAAAACAUUUUUUUUUUCAUUGUAACCUAUUUUUCUCCAGAACAACCCACUGUGCACUAGGUAGCAUUUUCAGUCAGCUAUAACUUAAGGAUAAUAAAAAAAAUAUUGACAUGUCACUUUUGAGGGAAAAACUAUAUUUUAGUUCAAAUCACAAAAACCAAACAUAUUUUUUUACCAUGCAUAUUUUCUCCAUAUAGCACCAACAAUUGUCUAAAACUUCGCCGAAGACACCAAACCGAUCGGACAAACCGUUUUCGAGAUACAAUUUUUUGAAGAUAUCAUGUGCAUUUUUCAUAGGCCCUUCUCAUAAGUAAGGCUAGAUUAAAAAUGGCGAACCAAGUAUGCAAAACGGCGUUUUUGUUCCCCAAAAACUUGUAUGCAAGGUUCCAUGCAAAUCAAAAAAUACAAAAAAUAAAAACUGGAAAAAUUUCCCACUUGUUCGUGGAAUCGCUCUCAUAAAAAUCACCUAAAAUCUAAUAUUUUUAACAAACCGACCUUACAGCGCUACUACUGGUCUGAUAUGGAAGCCAUUGAAACGUUAAAACGAAUUAGUUUAAGCCCACAGUAAACUAGAAAAAUAAAAUUGAAAAACGUUGGCCAAAUUACCCCGAAGAGGGCUGAAUAAAAACACCACAUAAGACUCCUGUUGUGCAAAUACAUUAGAUGGCUUUAAAAUUGGUUUAUUUUCUGUAUACAUCAAGUUGACACACUACAACUCAAUGUCUAUCGGUGCAUAU